AUGGUUUUUAAGAUUGAAGAUAAGGUCAGAUUGACUCGGGAUCGUCUUAAGGUAGCUUUUGACAGACAAAAGUCUUAUGUAGAUCUUACGAGGAAAGAUAUAAAGUUUACUGUGGGAGAUCAGGUUUUCCUUAAGGUGUCUCUGUGGAAGAAGGUCCUCAGGUUUGGUCGUAAGGGCAAGUUAAGCUCUAGACGGUAUUGGUCUGAUCCAUCUCACAUUGUGUUUGUUGAGAAGAUCGAUGUAAGGCCAGAUUUGGCUUUCAAGAAGGAGCCGAUGCAUGUUCUAAAUCAAGAGGUUAAGGUCUUGAGGAAGAAGACUAUUUCGUAG